UGGGCUCAAAUGUUAUUGUGAUCCUGCUCGGUACAAUAGUUCAGAAAGGGAGUCCAGACGAAAGAGCACACGGGUAUAGAUUAUCGGGUAAAUAACAAACGAUGGAUAAAUAUAACCUAUGUACUGGACCUGUUAGUCAACUCUGAUCGAAGUUCUUGUAUUGCACGUGCUUUUGAAAGGUGGUGUGUAGAGUAAUUUCAAUGUAAAUCUAGAGCAGUUGCACUGCUGACACACCCCUGGAUGAAUCCGAUCAAAUAAUAGAUACCGUAGGUUGCGGAGAAAUCGUUGGUGUGAUGGAGAUCUGUUGUUUCCUCACCCUCUUCAUCGUCUUUAUCGAUGUCAUUUCUUUGGCCACUGGGGCCAAGAUCCUCAUAUCACUGCUUGUUCCAGGAGAGAGCAGUCAUGCGAAAGGGAUGUCAGCCAUAGGAGGAGCACUAACCAAAGGUAGCCAUAAUGUGACAAUCCUCACAAGCUCCACAGUUGGGACCAAGGGUUUCCAUGAGGAUACAUACGACAAGGCCGUCCAGUACCAAUUCAAGUUACCACCCGAAUUGCCAGACCUGGAGAACCUUGAACGAGAAUUCAUCGGUCUUGCUUUCGAGUCUGACCUGAAGAAGAAACUCAAUAUCAUGGGGAUGAUUUUCUCCGUCAUGCGGAUCGGGUGUCAGAGCCUAUUUGAUGACUCUGCGACGCUCUCCGUCCUUAAGGAAUCUUCAUUUGACAUCCUCAUAGGCGAUUCCUUCGACGGGUGUGAUGCGAUGCUAAGUAGUUACCUCGGUAUACCCUUCAUAGCUGUGACCACCGGGACAAGAUAUCCACUGUUCAACGAACACACCUACGGUGUGCCAACGCCGUCGUCGUAUGUGCCAUUCGGUUUCUUCCCUUUCUCUGACAAGAUGUCCUUUCUGGAGCGGGUUGGCAGCUUCUUUGAGCAUCACGUGAUAGCAAGCUUACUGGGAUGGUCCCACUUUGGCGCUUUGAACGAGGUGAAGGAGAAACAUGGUAUCGCACCCGGUCAAAGCAUUCAAGAUAUCCUAGGUGGAGCAGAGUUGUGGAUGUGCAUGACGAGUUUUGCAUUUGAUUUUCCUAGACCUACCACGCCGAACUGGAUCGAAUUGAAAGGCCUUACGGAUUCCCCCUUGAAAUCCUUGCCAAAGGAGUACGUAGAUUUUGUUGAUGGAUCUGGCGAUCACGGUUUCAUCAUAUUUUCACUGGGUACACAUUUUAGUGAACUUCCAAAGCCGGAGAUGACAGAGGCUUUUGCGAGAGUCUUCAGCGAGCUUCCACAGAGAGUAAUCUGGCGAUAUACCGGACCACGCCCUCGAAACCUUGGUAACAACACUAUGCUGGUCAAAUGGAUGCCACAAAAUGAUUUAUUGGGUCACCCCAAUGCCCGGCUACUCAUCUACCACGGCGGGUUGGCAGGCAUCUAUGAAGCCAUCAGGCACGGUGUCCCCAUGGUUAUCAUGCCGAUCUUUGCUGAUCAACCUUCUAAUGCUGUCAGGGUCGAGGCUAAAUCAAUGGGAAGGGUGAUUGAGAAAGACGCCAUCACUUACGAUGUCGUCAGGGAAGCUGUGACUGACGUACUUGCAAAUCCCAGCUACCUGGAGAAUGUCCAACGGUAUUCAGGAAUCUACAAGGACUCUCUUACCAAACCGGAUGAUGUAGUUGUUUUCUGGGUUGAACACAUCCUGAAAUUCGGAGGAUCACAUCUGAGAUCGAGAGCUCUGGAGCUAAACUUCAUCCAGCUUCAUUCGAUCGACGUCCUCGCUUUCAUCGUCGGGAUGGUACUCGUUAUCGUCCUCCUUCUCAUUUCAUGCUGUAAACGAUGUAUUAAUUGUUGCUUCACACACAGGAAAACAAAAAUAGAGUAAUAAUCAUGAUAAUUAUGAUAAUAGCUAUUUAUGAUAUUAAUUCCUCGGUGCUUCAUAGCAAGGCCCCCUUCUCUCCAGUGAAAAGAAUCCCCUAACUUGACUAACCCAUUUCCUAACAUAAGACAUUGACCGGUUGUCACUCUUUAUAUUCUAUUUCUCUGUUGGCAGACUGAAAUUAUUAUUUUCACGAGAAUACACUUAUAGGGAAAUUUGACAAAAGAAAUUGUAAACUCAUUUUUGUUCAUAUAGUAGAAACCAGGAUGGUUGUAACAAAAAUUAAUUUGAAAACAUACUUUCUUGAAAACCUUUUAUUUCAUAUGGUUUAAUGCUAUUUCAAACUAAUUCAAAUUUUCUGUUUCUUUUGUAUUUAAUAAUUUAAUCAUAUUUCAGUUUAAGUAAACUGUAUCAUUUAGGCUUUUGAUGCUUUUGAUAUUCAUUAAAGAGGAGAUAAUAAGCGAUGACUACAAAGUAUGAACUAGAUAUAAAAACUCCAAACAAAAUCAAUAAUUACUCAUCAUGUAUAUCGAAUCUUUAAAGAUUACAUCAAGUUUUCAAAUUACCAACUGAGGAAAAGGGAUCCAUUCUCAGCAAUGUAAACAGUGCUUAAACAUUCAACCACAAAUGGAAAGGAAAAGAGAAAUAAAGUUGAAUAUAUGACUUUUGAAGGUUUGCCUGGUGGUAUGAACAAUCGCGAAAGUGAUGUACGGUACACCAUGUAAAGUCCAGGAGGGACUGAGAUAGAAAACGUGGAUAGAAAUGGAGAUGAAAUGAAAA